AUGUCGUCCACUAUGACAGCCCAGGUCAUCACAUGCAACGCCACUUGGACCGUGUCGCCGACCAAGCAGACGGUGGGAUUAGUUCAUGGUAUCAGUACUCAAAAGGGGUUCAAACCUUACAAAUCCGUUCCUGUUACCGAACCCACCAUCCCCUACGAUCUGGCCGAAACGGAGAGCGUUUCAUCCGAAGAGGCAUCAUCCAAUGAAAGCGACGGUUCGACCGAAAGUGCAACCCCAUCCAUCAUGUCCAAACUUAAACGUCGAGAAUCCGUCUUCAACCAACAUGGACUCACCGCCCGACAGAUCGUUAGAAACUAUCUCGAUACCGUUUCCCACUAUGCCGAAGACAGAGGUCUCGACGCCACAUAUCUCAAUCAUCUGAAUUACUCUUGGCGAAAAUUUGAGACUUUAUUCACUCAACUUGGAUAUGAUCCCGAAGAAUUCAUUUGUCCUCAGGAAACCGAAGAUGCCAUGACUAGUUUCAUCCGACUACUCGCUGAGAUCGCAUUGAGUUUUGAUGGGGAUGCGUGGUCUAACCACCCUGCAAAAUUGAUAGAGUAUACUCGACUCAGUGACCAUGAGGCUAGAAGGGGUAUGAGUAGGUUAUCACAAUGUUUAACUUCACUCGGUGAAAUCAAUUUGAUGGAAGUCGUUGGGGAACCUAAAAGAUGGAGUGGGGUGGUAUUGGGUGAAUAUAUAUAUCUUGAUAUUGAAGGAAAGUGGGAAGAUGAGGCGGUCGUUCAAUUGGAGUGA